AGUCCACAAGACAGACAAGAACGCAUAUUGAGAAACUGCAAGUGUGUUACAGUCAGUGUGUUACAGUCAGUGUGUUACAGUCAGCUGUAGUUUGUUUUAUAUUACAGUGAAGUCCAUUUCAUCCGUCACACUGCAAACCCGAAGAUGGCUCCUGCAAGAAAUAGGGUUUUUGUCAUUGGGGUGGGAAUGACAAAGUUUGAAAAACCGGGUGCGAGAGAUAUUGAUUACCCAGACAUGGCCAAAGAAGCAGGAGAAAGAGCACUGGCUGAAGCAGGAAUAAAGUACUCUGCCAUCCAGCAGGCAUGUGUGGGCUACGUGUAUGGUGACUCGACGUGCGGUCAAAGAGCUAUUUAUCACAGUCUGGGCCUGUCAGGGAUCCCGAUUGUCAAUGUGAACAAUAACUGUUCCACUGGCUCCACGGCUCUCUUUAUGGCCCGUCAACUAAUUCAGGGAGGUCUUGCUGAUUGUGUUCUUGCCCUGGGCUUUGAGAAGAUGGAAAGAGGUUCACUGUCUUCAAAGUUCAUGGACAGAACCAAUCCUAUGGACAAGCACAUGGAGGUGAUGAUCAACCGUUAUGGUCUGGCAGCAGCUCCAGCUGCACCUCAGAUGUUUGGAAAUGCUGGUAGAGAGCACAUGGAGAAGUACGGCACAAAACCAGAACAUUUCGCUAAAAUUGCUUGGAAGAACCACAAACAUUCCAUCAAUAAUCCUUACUCGCAAUUUCGGGAUGAAUAUUCCUUGGAGCAGGUCAUUAAUUCCAGGAAGGUGUUUGAGUUCCUCACACUCUUACAGUGUUGUCCUACGUCAGACGGAGCAGGAGCUGCAGUUCUGGCCAGUGAGGAGUUUGUGAGGAGGAAUGGAUUGGAGAAUAAAGCAGUGGAGAUCAUAGCUCAAGAGAUGGUCACAGACCUCUCCACUACUUUUGAAGAAAACAGCUGUUUGAAAAUGGUUGGUUAUGAUAUGACCCGUGUUGCUGCUAAGAAAUGUUUCGACAUGGCUGGUCUGAGGCCAUCAGAUGUUGAUGUCAUUGAGCUGCACGACUGCUUCUCUGCCAAUGAGCUCAUCACAUAUGAAGCUCUGGGACUGUGUCCCGAGGGUAAAGCUGGUGAGCUGAUUGAUCGGGGUGACAAUACAUAUGGUGGUAAAUGGGUGAUAAACCCUAGUGGAGGACUCACAUCAAAAGGACACCCUCUUGGAGCCACAGGUUUGGCUCAGUGUGCAGAGCUGUGCUGGCAGCUGAGAGGGGAGGCGGAGCUUCGGCAGGUCCCGGGGGCAAAGGUCGCCCUUCAGCACAACAUUGGUCUUGGUGGAGCGGUAGUGGUCACUCUUUACAGGAUGGGGUUCCCUCAAGAAACAAGUUCUCGUAUUGCUGCAGUUCCCACCAGUGCUUCCAGUGAACUCGCAGGAUUCAAAGCUCACACUGUCUUCAAAGAGAUUGAAAAGAAACUAGCAGAGGAUGGAGGGGACUUAGUCAGGAAAAUCGGAGGUGUUUUUGCCUUUAAAGUGAAGGAUGGUCCAGGUGGAAAAGAGGCAUUGUGGGUAGUGGAUGUAAAAAAUGGCAAUGGCUCAGUGACUAAUGAUGCAGGUAAAAAAGCAGACUGCACCAUUGCUAUGGCUGACUCUGAUCUUUUGGCCUUGAUGACAGGACAGAUGAAUCCACAAACAGCAUUUUUCCAAGGAAAACUGAAGAUAACUGGGAAUAUGGGAAUGGCAAUGAAACUACAGAAUUUACAGCUGACAGCAGGCAAAGCCAAACUGUGAUUUCUUUUGCCUAGCAAAAAUAGAAGUGCAAAUGUGAAAUGCUUAAGGAUGUUAAUUUCAUAAGAAGGAAAUUAUUAGAUUACAUUAUUUGAUAACAUUAACAGUAUUUUCAUAAACUUUUUUCUAUGCAUUUCGAAUAUGUUAAUAAUUUAACCGAAGAACAGCUUUUUUUCAUGAGUACAAACAAAGCAUGAAAGCGUUACUAAAAGUAAUUAUGCUCAAUGAUCUACUACCUUGUAAGUUGCUAACAUGAAAAAAUGGAUAUACGUGUAAUAUUCAUCAAAUACCUAAAUUAUGGAUCAACAAUAAAAUCUGCAGGAAAAUAUACAUUUACAUUAAGUAGACGCUUUUAUCCAAAGCCACUUACAGAGAGUUCAGGGAGCAAUAAGCCAUAUGUCCCAGUUUAAGUCAAAUAAAUCAAAAUAAAUUAAAUACAUUUAUAUGUAUUGAUUAAGCAGACACAUUUAUUGAAAGCCAGUAGUGACUUUGCUGUAAAGCUGUGAAACUAUAAUUAGUUCAUCACACCCUGAUUUGGCCUUCAUAAUGUGCCUGUUAUUAUUAGCUAGUUUUUCAACUUUCGGUGUUGGGAACAUUGUCACUUUUAAUUAAUUGUAUAUUAAUUAUACAAUUAGUUUUACAAUUGUAUAUGAAUCUGUAAAAAAUCUGUAAAAUAUUUCUUAAACGGCUGUCAUUCUACUGUAAUAAUAAAGGUUUGAUUGUUAGAUUGUUA